AUGGCCGAUAUUCGUCACGUUACAAAAGAAGUCUUGGCAGAAUUCAUAGAGAUUUAUAGGUCUCAUCCAGCUUUGUGGAAGGUAAAAUCGAAGGAGUAUGUUAACAGAAAUUUAAAAAAUUUGGGUUACGACGCGUUAGUGGAAUUUUAUCAAAAGAUAGACCCAAAUGCUGAUCGAAACCUUGUCUCUAGAAAAAUUCAAUCGAUGAGGGGCUCGUUUCGAAAAGAGCUAAAAAAAUUUGAGAGAAGUUGCGCUUCUGGUGAUGAUCAAUACGUACCAAGUCUCUGGUAUUUCGAUUUAUUAAUGUUUACCCGGGAAGAUGAAAUGUCUACAGAGAGUUUUGAUUAUAUGGCGAACAGUCCCUCAUCCCCAGAAGAGACUUCCACUUCUGAGGUUAUUGUCAACCUUGACGAAAACUCCACUGAAAAUAGCCAAAUGUUUGUCUGUUCUGAAGAACAACCACGUGCUGUUCCUAGAAAGGAGAAGAAAAAAGUUAAAAGGAAUGAAAUGGACUUCAAAACACCUGCCAAAAGAGCAAAGAUUAAAGUAACACCUCACGAGAUGCAGCAGCAGAGUAGCACGGACGCAUUAAAAAACUGUGGCGAAGAAUCAGAUAGUACAACUUUUGGAAAAUUUGUUGCAAUAAAACACGCAAAGUUAAAUGAAACACAAAAGAUGUACGCUGAAAGCCUAAUUAUGAAAAUACUGCAUAAAGCGGCACUAAAUAAAUUAACAGAAGACACCAGCAUUCUCGAGCCGCGGCCGUAA